CAUGAAAAUUUAAUUUGGGAAAUUUGACGUUUACUGGCCUUGUUGUUUUCUAAUUUCUUAUUUUUUUGUUUGUGUUGUCAAAUUGACGGCUGGGACGCUGGGACCAAUGUAAAAAAAAUAGUGCUCGGCCCGAACAAGUGUUGUGUAAUUAAUACAUUUAAUAUAUUUACUCAGUAAGUUAUUUAUUAAGAUGCGACGCCGCGCAGGAGUCGGUGCCAUCCAGAAGCAAAAGCUCGAAGCAGAAAAGUACCGUGACAAAGGCAGCGAACUGCAGGACUCGCAGUUUGAACAGAUGGUUAAACAAAUGGAUGUCCUGAAGGAGAAUCUGGAGGAAUUCGCCGCAAAGCAUAAGACGGAAAUCAGAAAAAAUCCCCAAUUCCGAAGACAGUUUCAGGAGAUGUGUGCUGCAAUCGGGGUGGAUCCAUUGGCUUCCGGGAAAGGAUUCUGGAGUGUACUGGGCAUGGGUGACUUCUACUACGAGCUGGCCAUCCAAGUAGUGGAAGUUUGUUUGGCUGCAAACCACAGUACAGGAGGCUUAAUGGAACUAAAUGAAUUGCGAAGUCGUUUGGUGACUGCUAGGGGCCGAAAGCAAAUUCACCAAGAGAUUGUUAACGAAGACAUCAUAAUGGCUGCACGAAAGCUAAAGAUUUUUGGCAAUGGAUUCUUUGUGUUUCCGGUAGGUGAUGGGCAAUACAUGGUUCAGUCGGUUCCCGGAGAGCUAAGCUUGGAUGAAACUUCAGUCCUGAGUGCGGCUGUAAAUAAUAGUCAAGGAUAUGUUACUAUCUCAAUGCUGACGGAUAAUUUAAAAUGGACGGAAUUUCGAGCCAAACAAGCCGUAGAGAAGAUUAUUUCCGAUGGCCUGGCCUGGGUAGAUAGUCAAGGCGGAGAGGUAUCUUACUGGUUUCCAAGUUUAUUUGCUGGUCGUCAGGGGUCAAAUACUUGAUACGCUGUAUAAAUAGAUAAGUUGCCUAUCCAAUAAUAAAGAGCUUUUAUUUUUUUCGUA